UUAAGUUGGCUGCACGGGAGCAAGUGCUCGCAUUGUGUGCGGCGACGUGCGGGUGAGGGCCCCGAUCUUUUCCUAUGGGAAGUUUCGGGCUGUUCCCGACCUCAGUAGAAGCGGCGGCUGCAGCAGGUAUUAGUGUGAAGAGAGCUGAAGUAAUGAGAAGUCAUCAUGGAAGCCCAGUCCCAUAGCUCUACUGCGGGUGGAAAAAAAAAAGUUCAGAAUCCCAUAGUGAAAUGCUCCACUCGAACAGAUGUCAGUGAGAAAGCUGUUGCCUCCAGCACAACAUCCAAUGAGGAUGAAAGUCCUGGACAGACCUAUCACAGAGAGAGGAGAAACGCAAUCAUAAUGCAGCCACAGGGUGGGCAAGGCCUUAGUAAAAUCAGUGAAGAACCUUCAACAUCCAGUGAGGAAAGAGCCUCAUUAAUCAAGAAGGAGAUCCAUGGAUCUAUAUCGCAUCUUCCUGAACCUUCUGUACCUUACCGUGGGACAGUCUUUGCCAUGGACCCCAGGAAUGGCUAUAUGGAUCCUCCUUACCAUUCGGCCCCUGCUUUGAAUUCCAUAAAGUACUAUCCGCCUCACCUUUUCCCAGCAUUCCAUCCUCCUGUUCCAAUUGAUGCAAGACACCAUGAAGGGCGUUAUCAUUAUGAGCCAUCUCCCAUUCCUCCACUACAUGUGCCUUCUGCUCUAUCAAGUAGCCCAACCUAUUCGGAAUUGCCAUUCAUCAGAAUAUCCCCACACAGGAACUCUGCUUCAGCAACAGAAUCUCCCUUUAGCCCACCUCAUCCAUACAUUAACCCUUACAUGGAUUAUAUCCGGUCACUGCAUAGCAGCCCAUCUCUCUCUAUGAUAUCAGCAGCGAGAGGACUCAGCCCUGCAGAUGCUCCACAUGCUGGAGUUAGUCCAGCUGAAUAUUAUCAUCAUCAGAUGGCUCUACUGUCAGGUCAGCGCAGUCCAUAUGCAGACAUCAUUCCUUCAGCUGCCACAGCAGGAGCCAGUGCCCUUCAUAUGGAAUAUCUUCAUGCUAUGGAUAGUACCCGGUUUCCAAGUCCAAGGCUGCCAACUAGACCAAGCCGAAAGCGAACACUGUCACUAUCGCCUCUGUCUGAUCAUAGCUUUGACCUUCAGACCAUGAUCCGGACAUCUCCAAACUCCUUGGUCACAAUUCUCAACAAUUCCCGUAGCAGUUCUUCAGCAAGUGGCUCCUAUGGCCAUUUAUCCGCAAGUGCAAUAAGCCCUGCUCUGAGUUUCACAUACCCUCCCACACCAGUAUCGCUCCAGCAGAUGCAUCAACAAAUCAUCAGUCGUCAACAAAGCCUGGGCUCAGCCUUUGGACACAGUCCUCCACUCAUCCAUCCUGCUCCAACUUUUCCUACCCAGAGGCCUAUUCCUGGCAUUCCUAGUGUCUUGAAUCCUGUCCAGGUCAGUUCAGGUCCAUCGGAGUCCACACAGCAGAGCAAACCCACGAGUGAGUCUGCAGUGAGCAGCACAGGCGAUCCGAUGCAUAACAAGCGUUCAAAGAUAAAACCAGAUGAUGACCUUCCCAGCCCAGGUGCAGGAAGCAUGCAGGAACCACCUGAAGGAAUGACCUUAGUAAAAGAGGAAGGAGACAAAGAUGAAAGCAAGCAGGAGCCAGAAGUGGUCUACGAGACAAACUGCCAUUGGGAAGGCUGUUCACGAGAGUUUGACACGCAGGAGCAGCUAGUGCAUCACAUAAACAACGACCACAUACAUGGGGAGAAGAAAGAGUUUGUAUGUCGGUGGCUGGAUUGUUCUCGGGAGCAGAAGCCAUUCAAAGCUCAAUACAUGCUGGUGGUACACAUGAGGAGGCACACAGGAGAAAAGCCACACAAAUGCACUUUUGAAGGUUGUACAAAGGCUUACUCCAGGCUAGAAAACUUGAAAACCCACUUGAGAUCUCACACUGGAGAGAAACCAUAUGUCUGUGAACAUGAGGGCUGCAACAAAGCAUUCUCAAAUGCAUCUGAUCGCGCCAAGCACCAAAACAGAACUCAUUCCAAUGAGAAGCCCUAUGUCUGCAAGAUACCAGGCUGCACAAAGCGCUACACAGACCCUAGUUCUCUCCGAAAGCAUGUGAAGACUGUACAUGGUCCUGAAGCGCAUGUCACCAAGAAGCAACGUGGAGAUAUCCAUCCAAGGCAUCCACCGCCAAGAGACCAAGGCAGCCAUUCUCAAACCAGAUCGCCAGGCCACCAGACUCAGGGUGCAAUUGGUGAGCAAAAAGACCUCAGCAACACUACCUCAAAGCGUGAAGAAUGCCUCCAAGUUAAAGCUGUCAAGUCAGAGAAGCCAAUGACAUCUCAGCCAAGCCCUGGUGGUCAGUCUACAUGCAGCAGCGAACAGUCCCCCAUCAGCAACUAUUCCAACAAUGGGAUCGAGCUUAAUCUGACCAGUAGAGGUAGUGUAGGAGACCUCAGCGUCAUAGAUGAAACCCCUAUCAUGGACUCUACCAUUUCCACGGCAACCACAGCACUUGGCUUACAGGCCAGGAGGAAUAUGACAGAGACCAAAUGGAUGGAGCAAGUUAAGCUAGAAAGGUUGAAACAAAUCAAUGGAGUGCUUCCAAGACUGAACCCCAUGCCACCUUCCAAAACCUCAGCUUUGCCACCUGUCAUAGGAAAUGGUACUCAUUCAAGCAACAGCUACAGCAUUGGAGGAAACACAACUAUUCUAGCUAACAAAAAUGAACUCACAAACAUGGACAUUACUGUGCUAAACAUGCUGAACAGAAGGGACAGCAAUACCAGCACAAUCAGCUCAGCCUACAUGAGCAGCCGUAGAUCCUCUGGGAUUUCACCUUGUUUCUCUAGUCGGAGAUCCAGUGAUGCUUCCCAAGGUGAGGGAAGGCUCCAGAAUGUCAGUGUUGCCGAUUCCUAUGAUCCCAUUUCAACAGAUGCCUCUCGGCGAUCAAGUGAAGUCAGCCAGUGUGAUGGCUUGCCAGGUCUUCUCAGCCUGACCCCUGCCCAGCAAUACAGGCUGAAAGCAAAAUAUGCAGCAGCUACUGGUGGACCUCCACCAACACCACUGCCUAAUAUGGAGAGGAUGAGCUUGAAAACAAGAAUGGCACUAUUGGGUGACUGUAGGGAGCCUGGAAUGUCACCACUGCCCCCAGUGAAUUCUCCACGAAGAUGUAGUGAUAGUGGGACAAAUGGUUACAACAGGCGACACAUUCUGCCUCAUGAUGUGUUGGGGAAUAGCACAAGGAGAGCCAGUGAUCCCGUGAGACCAGUCUCUGAUAACCUUUCUUUUCCCAGAGUCCAGCGCUUCAACAGCCUCAAUAGCUUUAACCCUCCUGCUUUGCCUCCAUCUAUGGAAAAACGUAACUUCAUCCUUCAAAACUACACCCGUUCUGAUGGUGGCUUGUUCCCAAACUUAUGUUCCCCUUGUCCUCCAAGUAUUUCUGAGAAUAUGGCUAUGGAGGCUGCUACAAUGGAAGCAAACGGCAGUCUGAAUGAUGAGGAUCUCCUGCCAGAUGAUGUGGUCCAGUAUUUGAAUUCUCAGAAUCAGGGUGUGUAUAAUCACCUGCCAAAUGGUGGAAUAGACAACAACAAAGUGCAUCACAGUUCAGCAACGGGGUACAGCAACAACUUUGAUCAGUCUUCUCCUUCAAACAACUCUGAGGCUAGUAAAAAUGAUCUGCCAAUUCAGUGGAAUGAAGUAAGCUCAGGUAGUUCUGACUUGUCUCCAAAAUUAAAAUGUGGGCAACGGUCCCUGAUCCAGCAUACUCAAAUAUUAGGCCUUUAUAACAACAUGGUGGUUCAACAGCAGCACCAUGGGCUGGAGAGAAAUGGUAUAUCCCAACAAAAUGGCUAUCAGCAUCUUCUAGACAACAAUGGCUCUUGCAGUUUACAGCAAAAUAUGGUCAUGCACAACAGUGACACCAGUCAUUCUUACCACCUUCAUUCAAAUAAGGCACAGCUAUAUGGUGAAAGUAUUGGCAGACAACCAGUGGACAAUACCUAUGACACAGUGAUUCAAGGGCAAAAGCUGGGAAAUAAUUGUAUGCCAACAAAUGGGAGCCAAGAGGAUUUUGGCUGCUCUGUGGUAUCAGAUGAGCAGUCUGCCAAUGCAAUGAACAGGAUGCAGGGGAGAAAUGUUGUCCAAGAGUACCUUCAUAAUCAGUCAGUAGAUGAAGUCAGUCACUACCAAGAAGUAAAUCAUUCCCAUAAAAUGAUGAUAGAACAAGUUACUGCUCCCUUGCAAUCCAGUCUUCAUCAAGGGCCACAAAGUUGUCUGCCACUAUCUCACAAUGUUGGGAUCCAGCCAUUUGUGAUGGCAAAAGGUUUUCAGCCCUGUGCCAGCUACUGGGGUGGCAGACGGCAAAAUGCAUUAAGGAAUAAUUUGGUGCAGCAACAAGGACACAUAAGGGAUGCCAACCAGCCACACAAGGUCAAUGGCAUUAAGGUAGAGUCGCAAGGUCAAUCACAGCAGUUCUGCUCUAAUACGCAGAAUUACUAUGGUCAGUUAUAUGACCAAACCACAGGGUUUAGCCAGCAAGCUCUGAAAACAGGUGCUUUCCCCCUUUCAGAAGCUAACUGCCUGCUACAGGUGACUGGUGAUGCUAAUUCGUCAGAGCUUCUUUCCCCAGGGGCCAACCAGGUGACGAGCACAGUUGACAACAUUGACACCAGCAGCCUUGAAAGUGUGCAGAUUGAUUUUGAUGCUAUUAUAGAUGAUGGUGACCAUGUCAGCUUAAUUUCAGGAGCCCUAAGUCCCAGCAUCAUUCAGAAUCUCUCCCGCAAUUCCUCCCGUCUCACCACUCCCCGAGCGUCUCUUACAUUCCCAGCUCUGUCCAUAAGCACAAACAACAUGGCUAUUGGGGACAUGAAUUCUUUGUUGACCUCACUUGCAGAAGAAAGCAAGUUUCUUGCUGUUAUGCAAUAGACAUAAACAACUUAGGAGAUGGAAGAGUUUAAAAAGUAAUCAUUUUUUUAGUUGCUGUAAGUACUUUAGCAGUCUCAUCUCACCUAAAUGGGAUGUGUUUCAAGUAUAUUCCUUUUAUGGAAUAAGGACUCUGAAAAACCCUGAAGUGUUCUAGGGAGAAACUGUCUUCCGUUUCAGUUUUGAAUCAGUAUUGUUAAGCCCACAGUCCCCUUUUUUAUGUUUAAUGUUUAUAUGACUUUUUAUUUUUAUUUUUGUAAUUGUAAACCAAUGUAAAUGUGUGAUGUGCAUGUUGGUUUAUGAAAGUGAUGAAAUGACAUCAUAACUUUCUGCUACUCGAAAGGAAAUAUAAUCCUGCAUUGUUGUUGCCAGAGUUCUUAUAUAGCCAGGUUCUAACGUUUAGGCACAACGUUACCAGGAGCACAUAUAUAUUGAAGUUUUGGGUUCCAUCCACUUAGCACUGCUCUCACACAAACCCUGUUGAAAGGAAUGUGUGAAUGGUUUACAAUUAAUUUAUUCAAAAAAUGUGUGUAAUGCUUUCAGAAAUCAUUUCUAUUGCUCUACACCAGUGGCUCUCAAGUUUUCUACAUUCAAGGAACUAUUUCCACAUUAGCUUGUUUACUGCAAAGUUUCUUGGUCAUGUUCUAGGCUGCACAGUCAGUUCAUGCAGAGUGCUGGCUUAAGCCUGAUGGCUGUCAUCAUUGUCCUACAUGAACUGAGAGUGUGCCCGAGACCACAUUGGCUGCAUAUUGCAGGAGGAGAUCAGUGAUAAUGAGCAAGGUGCAUUUCAGGGAAGCCCGUCUGUCAUUACUGAUGUUUUCGUUAAGGAACCUGUGAGGUGCAUCCAAGGAACUCUAGGGUUCUCCAGAACACAGCUCAAAAACUACAGCCCUGGACUGAGGAGAGAGACAAUAUACUUUAUAAAUAAAUAACUCUGAAGCAUAUUCCAAUAAAAAUAAGGCUUUUAAUAAGAAAUUAAUUACAAAAUGACUGGCUGCCCAUGUUUGUCAAAAUUAGUUUUUUCCAAAAACUCCAUUGCAUAUUUAAUAAGCCUCACAUUUUUUGUUAAAAAGUAAGGAGUAACUUGAACAUUUGUGUGAAUGAAUAUCUAUGCUAGUUCUAUUAUAAGCCUGCUUGUAUGAGACUUAAAUGUAAACACAAGUUGCACUUUUAAGCAAGGUUUAGUUCAAAUUGUUGGCAUUCACUUCACUGCAAUGUGCAAAGAUCUAAGUGGUUUAGGAGCUCAAACUCUUAAUAUUCAAAACAUUGAUGACUCAAAUUCCAUUUAACAAUAAUCCUCUUCUAGUGGUGGUGAUCUGACCAAAGCUUCAUUCACAGAAAGGGGCAAGAAUAUCAUCAAUUCCAACUCCAUAUCCCAAAGCAAGAGCACCCACCAAUCAGCCUUCCCACUGCUUAGCCAAUGUAAACCAAAUGCCAAGAUGCUUCAAGCAGGAACUAGAAAUGAGCCAUACAAGGCAUUUUCAAACUAGACAAGCACGAUAAAGAGGAAAGCAACAGCAAAAUCCACACAGGCGCUAGCCUUUUAAUGUCCAGUCUACAAAUAGAAUGUGCAGAACACUACAUCAGUUAUGUGGUGCAUGUUACGAUGUUUUCAAAACCUACAUAUUUCCUUUGGGAUAGGGGAUUUGCUACUAAAUUCAGUACAAUACUCAGUAACACCAGCACGGAUAAUGCUUCCAGUAAUAACCAUCAGUGGAGGUCUGUUCCAAGUAUAGUAGUUGCUAUUCACACUGUGAGGCUUUGCAUAGGAUUUAUAAAAUCUUCAUAUCUUUCCUAUGUUCUUUGUGGAGAUUGAGUUGGCCUACCAUCUAGAGCAGCCUUUCCCAACCAGUGUGCCUCCAGAUGUUGUUGGACCACAACUCCCAUCAGCCUCAGGAAUGGUCAGGAAA